AUUUAGUCACUCAUCUAUAAAAAUUCUCAGUCUUCAUUGCCAGUGUGGAACAGGUGUAUCAGCAAAGAUGAUACGAUUAAUAAGCCUGAUCGGAUGGUUGGUGUUUGCCACUUCUCUCGUUUCUGCUCAAUUAUCCACCAUCUAUUGGCCAGUGAAUUACCCCAAUGCGAACUCUCCAUGGGUCGUCGGUCAAAAAAACUUUUUAUCAUGGAUAACCGGUGGUGGAGUCGGGAUAGAAUCUUUUGACAUUCAAUUACAUCAUUGGAAUCAGACCAUCCUCAACGGUUUUUACCCAAUCGCUUUGCGUGUACCGAUGGAAAGGUUAUCAACGGGUAGAAAGAAUUUUGGUGGAGAGUUGGAAGUCGAUUUGGAUUCUAGUAUUCCCGUCGCGGAUGGUUACAUAUUGGUGUUCAUGAACACCUUACAUGGUUCCGUGUACGCCAAGUCGCAAAAAUUCUCCAUACUUGCUUCUGCACCAUCCAACUACACUUCAGCCGACCUUCCAACAGCUACCGCAACCGCUACCCUCACAGGUGUUCCCAACCCGACGCAACAAUGGGCCCUCACGUUGAACGGUAUCGACCCCGAUGCCACUGCGUCAGCUGCCACUAUGAUUGCUGGAAAUGCAGGUUCUGGUCAUUGAUCCUUUUUUCAUAUGCCACAUCUCACCCGAUCGACAUAUCCGGCGUACGACUUCGACACCUUGAUCAAGAGUGACUUGGUGGAUGAGAAAGGUAUGGACAAUGAUGCACGAGCGAUAUAUUGUAUUUGUCUACAUCAUGCAUGAUUUUCUUC